AUUAAAAUCAGCAAAAUGACAAUAUGAAGAGAAAGUAGAGAUCUGAGAGAAUUUUAUGAGACUGGAAACGUUGCUAGGUUUCCUGAAGAAUUUCUGAAUUUCAUUUGAAAAAAAUUGGCAAAAACCAGAAGACAUUGCCAUGGAUAAUAGCUUUGAAAUACUUGAUCUGAGUUCCUUAGGACGUAAUAAGACCUGGGUACAGAAGGCUUUUGGGGAUAUAUCUAAACGAUCUGCUGCUCAACAAAUAACUAUUGGGGGAGUAUCAGGAUGGUGUACAGGAUUUCUGUUUGUUAGGGUUGGUAAAGUUGCUGCUGGUACAUUGGGUGUGUCAUUACUUCUUUUACAGGUAGCACAACAUCAGGGAUAUAUAAAGAUUAACUACAGAGCAAUUCAGUCGGAGAUUAAACGAACAAAAGAUGUUAUAAACAAAGAAGCAAACAGACAUUACCCAGGGGUGGUGGAAAAUGCAAAGAGAUUUCUACAGAAGAAUAUGUUUUUAGCUGGAGGGUUUGCAGGUGGAUUUUUAAUUGGAGUAGCAUUUUAAAUGAACAUCAGACUACAGCAUAUUAUCAUAAUUAAUUUGUGUGUAAUGUCUAGUCCUUUGUUGUAUAUUAUUGUGUGUAUGAAUGAAUAUGAUAUGCCUUGAAGAUCAUGUGAAGGAACUAUUUUUGGACACAGGAGUCAUUGAAUGAAUGAAUGAUGUGAAAUAAAUGUUUGUUGACAAUACAUUUGUGUGUAGGCUAAGCAGUUAUGAUAAUGACAUUACUGUGUUUUUAUUUUGAUUAAUUUAAAGAUAUACCAUGAAGAUAGAUUUUGUAUAAUCAUUUCUUAGUUCUAACCAAAAUAACUUUCUGAAUAAAUUAAUGAUGGUACUUUCAA